CGCCACCCGGGUUAUUGUAAUGCGCAUGCGCAGUACGCCGACUCUGACCUUCAUUGCCAGUGAACAUGUUCGCCAGGGCCAGCGCGGUGGUGUUCCUCCCACAAUGUGGGCAGGUCAGGACCAUGGCUACCUUGAAGGACAUUACCAUCCGGUUGAAGUCCAUCAAGAACAUCCAGAAGAUCACGAAGUCCAUGAAGAUGGUGGCUGCUGCCAAGUACACCAGAGCUGAGAAGUCCUUGAAGCCGGCUCGUGUUUACGGCACUGGAGCUCUCUCGCUGUAUGAGAAGGCUGAGAUCAAGGCUCCGGAGGAUACGAACAAGCACCUGCUGAUUGGUGUGUCUUCUGAUCGUGGGUUGUGUGGUGCCAUCCACUCCAGCGUGGCCAAAACCAUGAAGGGUGAAAUCGCCAAGCUUGAUGGUGCUGGCAAAGAGGUCAUGGUGGUAAAUAUCGGAGACAAGCUUCGAGGCCUGCUUCACCGAACCCAUGGAAAACACAUUCUCCUGAACUGUAAGGAAGUGGGCCGCAAACCCCCAACGUUCAACGAUGCAUCCAUCAUCGCCACAGAGCUGCUGAACUCCGGCUACGAGUUUGACCAGGGCACCAUCAUCUACAAUCAAUUCAGGUCUGUGAUUUCCUACAAGACAACUGAGAAGCCCCUGUUUUCCAUUGAUACAGUUGCAAGCUCAGAGAACAUGGGCGUCUAUGAUGACAUCGAUGCUGAUGUGCUGAGGAACUACCAGGAAUUCUCCCUGGUAAACAUCAUUUAUUUCGGGCUGAAAGAGUCCACCACCAGUGAGCAGAGCGCCAGGAUGACUGCUAUGGACAGUGCCAGCAAGAACGCUUCUGAGAUGAUCGACAAGCUGACCCUGACCUUCAACCGCACUCGCCAGGCUGUGAUCACCAAGGAGCUGAUCGAAAUCAUCUCUGGAGCUGCUGCUCUAUAAAUCGGAUCCCUGCAGGCCAUCGUGCUCCUGGCAGAAAAUAUUUGUUAAGACAUCCAGUAUCAAAUUAAAGAGAACUUGUCCCUAUGUUUGUAAAAUAUCAGUAAAUAAACCUCUUACAUUGACACCCA